AUGCCAACUAAGACACCCCCAGCGACAUGUUGCCCCGCAGCUCCAACUGCGAGUGCGCCAGUGACUGCGACUUGGACUGCGACUUGGACUGCGACUCCGGCCCAGACUCCCACUGCCCAGGCGCCAGUAGCAACCCUUCGCAUUGAAGCAGGUUACCGCCCGGGCUUCAUCGCCCGCACGCUCCAGAUGCACAUGGACUACUACCACUCGGCCGUGUCCUGGGGACAGGCAUUCGAAGCAGCAAAGGCCCAGUGCUGGGGCAAGAUCGUGGAACAGCUCCCGUCGUAUCCGGACAGUCAGAUCUGGUCCGCCGUCCGGGUGACCGGUGAUUCGGAACGGAUUGUGGGGACCAUCAUGUUGGACAGUGCCACGGAUGCGGAGGCGGAGGCGGAGGCGGGGGAGGGGCGGCAGAAGGUCCGGACGGUGCAACUGCGGGGUUUCAUUGUCGACUCGGACGCCAGGGGACUGGGUGCCGGGAAAAAGCUCCUCGCGGCCGCCAUGGCGCAUGUGGAAGAACGGGGCAUCGAGAAGGUAAUCCUGCACACGAUGGAUUCGCUGGGGGCCGCUGUUUACCUGUACCGAGCGGCCGGGUUCGUGCUGCACAGCGAAGAGGAAAGGGUUCUUUGGGGGGCAAAGAUCAAGGAACAGCUUUACAUUUGGCGGAGAAAGGCGCUCCCUGCAAAGUAG